AACGUUACGAUUUUUGCUUAUUUUUUUAUAUUUUUCUGUUUUUUAGUACGUAGUCUAACAGUAAAAAUGGACGAGGACAUUUUAGAAGCUCCCGGAGAUCCGAAUACUGCUGGAAGUGCAGGGAACCAAGGACCUUUAAUAAAUGAAAACCCGUACGUCAUGAUGUCGGUUUUUAACCAAGGUUUAGCAUUCCUACAAGCUUAUGGCUGGUUCUUGUUGUUUGGCUUUGUUGCAGCCAUGUUUGUUUGGACAAAUAUUGAAAAAUCAGUCAAGAAUUUGUUUGGUCGCAGGAAGACAUAUUAUGAUGACACAGAAAACAUGACUCCAGAGCAAGUGGAAGCACGUAGUGUUGCAAUGGAACGCGCUCGUAAAAAGUUGCAAGACAGGCAUGAUGCUGCUGCACGCGAGCACGAGGAAAGAUUGAGAGAGCAAGAAGAGCAAAAAAGAAUGCAGAAGAUAAAUGACCAUGAUGCUCUUAAAGCUGGGAAAACUCAAUCAAAGACUUCUAAGAAGUUAGAUCAGAAACCAGACCCCAACCAAGCUACACAGUCACAUAUUAAGAGAAAUAAAGAAUCCAAGCCUUUAAGAUCAAGUGAUUUCAGUCCUUUAGGCGGUGGGCCUUCUAAUUCUGCGCGAUGGCGACCAGGCAACAGUCGUCCUUCUGCUGGAGGAUGAGGUUAACUUUGCACGCGUCAUGGUGGUUUGGGACCAACUGUACACUUUACAUUUAAGUGACUUUGUUUUCUUCCACCGACGCGUGUAUGACGCCUUUACAACGACAGAUGUAAACCCACGCUGCCUUUGCAUGGCGUGGGUUUGGUAUGACGUAAACGACGUAAAGAGCAUCAACGCUUCGUCGUUUAUUGAUGUUACAUCACUAUAUCGUGUAUGGCUUGUUAAAUAUUUACAUUUGUCACACUGCGCUUAUUUAUCGUCGCGUUUUCCGCAAUACACUUUAAGACCCAACACUGGGUGUUUGGGUAUGUGACGCUAGUUUUGUUUUACAAAAACGCACUUGAAGCGUCGGAAAGAAUAAAAUACAAAUAAAGAAAAAUAAAACUUAUAUAAAAUU